UAGGUAGCAUUGUGGCCUAGUUAGCAUGUUGUCUUUGCAGUUCUGAGGUUGACGGUUCGAAUCCUGUAUGCCUGUUCUGUUCUCACGUGACUAGCGACUAGUCAAGCGUGUAGUUAACUUUUCCAAUACCUGCUUGUAGUUUCAUUGUCAAUUUCAAACCUCCAUAGAUGUGAAUAUGAUUUUAUUUUUCUACAAGUGCCUUGCUGGCAACCUGUCUAGGGUGUAUCAAGCUUUUCUUACAAAAACUCAUCUGGGCAAGGCUCCAUCCCACUUGGCACCUGACUGAGCACAUGUGCUCUAUAAUAUGGUUGAAUGGAGUUAGUUAGUGUAACCUGUUCAGCACUUUACAAGCGUGUGUGUGCGCAUGUGUGUGUGUGUUUUUCGACUGAACCUGUUCUUCCACUUUGCAAGUAUGCCCUAAUAAGGGCCGGGCUCUUGUCGUUGUUGUCAGUGUGACGCACUUCAUCGCUCCAUCUUCAUCCCCUGCAGGUUUUAUCGUUUCUUCUCCAUCUUCGAGUAAGUUUUGCCUCCUCUUAUCUCGAGUUUGUGCUUUGCUGCCUCUGUGGGAUGGAUUUCUGCUGCCCCUGGAUGAGAUUUCGACAUGUCAGAAGAUAAACGAAACAACAUGAAGGACGACCCGGAGGCGCCGCCGCCGCCCACGCUGGGAGACCCGGCCAUUCAAUGCCGGGACGUUUGCCGCUCGUACGGAAAACUCCAAGUACUCAACAACCUCAACCUCACCGUGCCACAGGGACAAAUAUACAGCCUCCUGGGCCCCAGCGGCUGCGGCAAGACCACCAUGCUAAAAUGCAUCGUGGGAACUCUGAGCCUCUCCCGGGGUUACAUCAGCGUGUUGGGGAAGCCGCCUGCGUUCCCCGGCCACGGCGUGCCGGGCAGGAUGGUGGGCUACAUGCCCCAAGAGCUGGCUUUGUACAACGAGUUCACCAUCAGCAACACGCUCACCUUCUACGGACGAAUCCACGGGCUGACUCUGAGGGAAAUCCAGGCCCGCAUUGAUUUUCUCAUUGAGUUCUUGGAUCUGCCCCAGAAGGACCGGCUGGUUCGCAAUCUCAGUGGCGGCCAGAAGCGGAGGGUAUCUUUGGCGGCGGCGCUGCUCCAGAAUCCUGAGCUGCUCAUUCUUGAUGAACCCACGGUGGGAGUGGACCCAGUGCUCAGGGCCAAGAUUUGGCAACAUCUGGUGGACAUCGUGAAGACGGGUAAUGUGUCGGUCAUCAUCACCACGCACUACAUCGAGGAAGCCAGACAAGCCAAUGUGGUGGGCCUGAUGAGGAACGGCUGCUUGUUAGCUGAGGGAACUCCUGAAGCUGUCAUGAAGCUGCAAAGCUCUACUACUCUGGAGCAUGCCUUCCUGCAGCUAUGCGAGACUUCAGACCAGAUGUGCAUUAAGCGAGUCUCCGGUACCCAAGACGACGUGUUGGGGAACAGCCAAUCAUUUGAAAGUGGGCGGGACGAGAGUAGACCCAUCCUUGCCAACGUGCCCAAAAGCACCGGGGAAAUCGUCAGCCAUUCAGUGGACUGGAAGGUGCGGGUCCGACACGUGAUUCCCAAGUGGAGGAACAUUGUCGCCCUCACCAUUAAAACCCUGCUCCGAAUGAGGAGGAUGCCAGGCUCCUUGUGUUUCCAGUUCCUGCUUCCCGUCAUCCAGAUGUCGCUCAUCUGCUUGUGCGUCGGCGGAGACGCCAAGGGCAUCCAAGUUGCCGUGGUCAACAACGAGACCUCCCCGCUUGCUUUCAGCCACUCGCUGCUUUCUUUCUUGGACAAUGACAGUAUGAAGCAGGUCAACUUAUCUUAUGCGGAGGCUUUUAAAGGGAUCCAUGAAGGAAAGUACUGGGCCGUCAUCGGCUUUGGCAAGGACUUCAGCAGCUCCCUAUUUAAUAGGAUGUUACUGAAGAAUGUGUCCAAGGCGGUGAUAGAUGAAGGGUCAGUGCAUGUCUGGCUGGACCAGACUAACAAACAAAUCGCCUUGAUGCUGCAGCAAAAGUUGUACGACGCCUUCCAGGCGUUUGUGAAGAGCAAGCUAGGCGACAUGUCCUACAAGUAUGCCUUGCCCAUAAAGUUUGAAGAAGCCAUUUAUGGCAAACAGAACACAGACUUUACUACAUUCGUCAUGCCGGGCGCUGUUCUCAGCAUCGCCUUCUACUUGGCCUUGGGCCUGACCGCCCUCUCCUUUGUCCUGGAGAGGAAAGAGGGUCUUCUAGACCGAUGCUGGGUUGCAGGUGUGAGCUCAAUGGAGACAAUGCUGGCUCACCUUUUCUCUCAGUUGCUCGUCAUCAGCGUCCAGAUCAUCCUCAUGUUGCUCUUUGUCCUGCUCGUCUUCAAGAUGCCAAACGAAGGCUCCCUGGUUCUCAUCGUGUUGCUGAUCAUACUGCAGGGCAUCACCGGCAUCUCCUUCGGCCUGGUCAUCUCGGCCGCCAUCGAUGACGAGCAGAACGCCAAUCAGGCCGCGCUCGGACUCUUCUACCCUAACCUCAUCAUGAGCGGCAUCAUCUGGCCUGUGGAAUGUAUCCCCUACCCUCUACGCUACCUCAGCUUGGCCCUGCCCCAAACCUACGCCUCACAAGCAUUGCGAUGCAUCAUGUACAGAGGUUGGGAUCUGACUCACAUGAUGGUUUGGAGAGGCUUCGUCGUCACUCUGGGCUGGAACACGUUCUUCAUCAUUGUGGCAACUCUUAUUUUGAAAUUCAGGAAGUAAACACACACAUACACAUACGCACGAAGAAUGCCUGCAUGUGCUGCCCAUAGAAAAGGACAUUGUAUUGUGUAUGUGAAAGCUUUUACAUCAGGGCUGGCCAAAGUAUUUACGUAUCAAACAACUGGCUAUUACGGACAAUAAAAUAAAAGUUUAAAAUAAACACUGUUAUAUACUAGACGCAUUUGCAUUUUACUUUGUCAAAUAACUGGUCAAGAUAUGAAGAACCAAACUAAGAAGACUGAACUUUUAUUUUAUUGUCAAGAUAAACUAUUUUUUAUCUUGUAUACAUAUUUUAACCUAUCUGUUAAAUAAUAUUUUACGUGUAUUGUCAUAGAGUACAGAGGCAAACUAAACACUCCACAAUGGAUAAAUAUUUGCUGACCCUACGUGUGGGACGUAAGCCUCUGUUCAUGCAGUAUUUUUUUCAAGUGAACUUUAUGAUGGAAAAAAAAUGUGACGUUAUAUUGUGUAUUAUUUUUGUUUACGUGACUGUGUUAUUUUUUUUAUGCUGUAAUUCCACUUUGCUGGACAGAGUGGACGCCACUCAUAGGUCAGCUGACCGCUUCAGCGCUCACGUGACAUCAUCAUGUCACACUUGGUAUUGUUUGUAUGAUGGAUCUUUUACUCAGCGGUCAAUAAAAUUAUAAAAGAUCAAAUGAUA